AUGUGGUUAUGGAGACCUAUUCCAACAAGGUUAUGGGUUAGAAACGGCGGCUCUAAGCACGGCUCUCUUCAACAACGGCCAAACAUGCGGUGCUUGUCGAGCUCACCUACCAACUUCUGCCCACCCAACUACACCCCACCGGUCGAUAUCCACUGGUGCAACCCUCCUAACAAGCACUUCGAUCUAUCCAUGAAGAUGUUCACUUCCAUCGCCGAGUACAGAAGUGGGAUCGUUCCUGUGAAGUUCAGGAGAGUCAAGUGUCAGAAGAGUGGUGGUGUGAGGUUUGACAUUAAGGGAAACCCUAAUUUCAUUAUGGUUUUGGUGUAUAACGUUGGUGGAGCGGGAGAUGUGAAUAGUGUGGCUAUUAAAGGGCAUAAGAGUAGUUGGAUCUCUAUGCAGAGGAACUGGGUGAUUCCUGAUCCGAUAUUGAAGAGGGAUGAUACGAAUAUACUCUAUACGUGUAAGAUAUCGUAUGUAGAUGCGAUAUUGGGGACAACUUUGAAGGUUCCAACGGUUGAUGGAACGGUGGAUUUGAAAGUAUCAGCGGGGACACAGCCGAGCACGACGCUUGUGAUGGCGAAAAAGGGAGUACCGGUGUUGAAUAAGAGUAAGAUGAGAGGUAACAAGGCCAUGCAGUCCCAGCAGUAUCUGGAGGCAAUCGAGCUGUAUUCCUUUGCAAUUGCGCUCUUAGAUAAGAACGCUGUUUUCUACUGCAACAGGGCUGCUGCAUAUACUCAGAUCAGCAUGUGCUCAGAAGCAAUUAAGGCUUACAGUCGUCUUGGGUUAGCAUAUUAUGCUCAAGGAGAGUAUGCUGAUGCUAUUGAGAAAGGAUUCAAGAAAGCUUUGGAGUUGGAUCCGCAUAAUGAAUCUGUCAAAGAAAAUAUCAGGGUGGCUGAACAAAAACUAAGAGAAGAAGAACAACGACAGAGACGUAAUCAGAAUACAAACAUGGGACAUAAUCAAGAUCCAGGAAUGGGAGGGCAAGGAAUACCUUCUCAGUUCUCGAUGCCUUUAAACCCUGAUAUGAUGAGGAUGUUCAUGAACAUGACGGGAAACAGAGGAGGAGAUGGUAACAUAAAUGGUACAAAUGAGCAUGAGAUUCGUGUAGGCGGAAACAUCAACAUAGAUCUUGGCGCCGCGGAUCAAAUGCCUGAAGAGUUUUCAGGUGCAUUGCGAUCAAUGAUGCAGAUGUUUGGAGGAUCUCAGGAAGGUAACAAUAACAAUCCUCAAGGUACUAAUGGAAGGCCAUCUGGAAGUUAA